UCUUUUGUAACCUAUAGUUAAAUAUCAGCACAUUUUAAUUAUUUGCCAUCAAAUUAAUUAAACGGUCUGAUUAAAACUGGUAUAUAAUUAACUUGUGGCGAAAAGAUGACGAAAAUGGUGACUGUUUGUGCACAUUCCAUUAUCUAAAAAACUGAUUGACAGAGAGGCUCCAAUGAGUGCGGCGCUAUCCGACCGCAGUGUGAAAAACAAACCGAAAGAAAGUGCUGACAUCAGGUAAGGUAAGGCGGGGGUGAGAGCCGCCCUCCGUGCCGGAGUGUCGCUGUGGGCCGACAGAGGGCUUCCUGCUGGGACAGUCCGCUGGGGUGAGAGGACGCAGGAGCCGAGUCACUUCGGAACUGGGGGGAAGACCGUAAAACGGCAGAAAUGACGGAGCUGAGGAGGCGAGGUGGCGGGGAGCCGGCCAGUGCGGAGAAGGAAGCAGAUGGAGAAGAACGACUGGCUCUGGGUCUGGGUCUGGCUGGAGAACCUGAUGGGGAAGCAGAGGGAGACUCCAAAGCAGACACUCCUGAGGCACCGCCAUCUGUGGACAACACCCCGCAGUGUCUCAGCAAGGCCCUGGAAGGACUCUCCUCUAGAUGGAGGAACUGGUGGAUAAGGGGCAUUUUAUCAUUAACGAUGAUUUGUCUCUUCUUCCUGAUCAUCUACCUGGGACCCAUCAUGUUAAUAAUUGGGGUCAUGGUGGUUCAGAUCAAGUGUUUCCAGGAGAUCAUAACCAUUGGGUACAGAGUCUACCAUUCCUAUGAACUGCCGUGGUUCAGGACACUCAGCUGGUACUUCCUGAUUUGCGCAAACUACUUCUUCUAUGGGGAGACGGUGGCCGACUAUUUCGGCGUCCUGGUCCAAAAGGAGGAGCCUUUGCAGUUCCUUGUGCGAUAUCACCGCUUCAUUUCAUUCACUCUCUACCUGACAGGUUUCUGCAUGUUUGUCCUGAGUUUAGUGAAGAAGCACUAUCGGCUGCAGUUCUACAUGUUUGCUUGGACCCAUGUGACUCUACUGAUUGUGGUCACCCAGUCACACCUUGUGAUUCAGAAUCUGUUUGAAGGGAUGAUCUGGUUUAUCGUUCCCAUAUCCAUCGUGAUCUGUAAUGACAUAACUGCAUAUCUGUUUGGAUUCUUUUUUGGAAGGACGCCUUUGAUUAAGCUCUCUCCAAAGAAGACGUGGGAAGGUUUCAUCGGAGGGUUUGUCUCCACGGUGAUCUUCGGAUUCAUUUUAGCCUACCUCCUGGCUCAUUAUCAGUACUUCGUCUGCCCGGUGGAGUAUGACAGUGAAACAAACCGCUUCGCAGUGGACUGCCAGCCCUCGGAGCUCUUCCUGCUGCAUGAAUACCGGCCCCCCAAGCUGCUGCAGCAGUUCCUGCGACAGGAGACGGUGACCCUCUUCCCCUUCCAGAUCCACAGCGUCGCCCUCUCCACCUUUGCCUCCCUCAUAGGGCCGUUUGGGGGCUUCUUUGCCAGUGGAUUCAAGAGAGCUUUCAAGAUCAAAGAUUUCGCGGACACUAUUCCGGGCCACGGUGGCAUCAUGGACCGCUUCGACUGUCAGUAUCUGAUGGCAACGUUUGUUCACGUUUACAUAGCGAGUUUUAUCAGGGGCCCCAACCCCAGCAAAGUAUUACAACAGCUGCUGCUCCUGCAGCCGGAGCAGCAGCGCAGUAUCUUCAACCUGCUUCGCUCCCACCUGCGGGAAAGGGGCAUGUUGCCCCCGACAGGAAGCCAGGCCUAGUGAAGGCCGGAGAUGGACUGCUGGCCCCGCCCAGCCCGCAGUGGAGCCGCCUGGAGCAUCUUAGCAUCUAUACCUACCAAAAACAUGCUAGUAAUUACAGACAAUUAAUGCCGAGCGGUCACCCCAGCAACGGGUUGCCAUGGGGUUUGCAUGACGACUUGAAGAGGUGGCAGUGGGCUGAAGAUGCUGCUGCCCGUUUUCUUGCACUGAUACUAAUGGGUCUUUCGAGACGGAGGGGGAUGUGCAGACUUUGCCCCUAUUACUGUUGAUGUAUGGGGAACAUGGAUGUAAUCUCUACUUUCAAAUGGUCCCAAUGAGCUGGCCUAGUGCAGUCUUUAUCUUUGGGGUCUUUGUGGUCUUGGUCUCUUUCGAGGACUGAAACCUCUCAGAUGUCUCUGAGAAGCUGUGACCCCUCCCUUCCCCCACAUAUGUCCGGAUUGACUCUCAUUGGCAUGGCAAUACGUUAAUGCAGAUCUAUAAUAACAAUGCACAGAAUGUAGAGACAUACUUUCACACGUAUAUACAAAAGACGAAACUUAAUAGUAUAUGACUUUUCGACUCCUAUUUAAGAGUUAGUUGUUAUGCAGAAAUGAUAUCUCUUUUGUUAGUGUUUAGACGCUAACUUACUUCAGGUUUUACAGACUCCCAUUACGGCGGAGUGGCUUGCUAACCGGAGACGCUGUGUUUGCUCAAACUGCAGCCACUCUGAGUUGCACUGGUUUCGCGAGGCUGAGCCAUGGCGCUGCUACGAAUGUCUGGACCCUCCUUGCGUCGGCAUCUUACUUUUUAUUAGCUCUGCACUUCCUGACUCUUUUCUGGCUUGAAAAGGAGCAUUUUUAAUUUUUGAAUGAUACAAUGAGCUGUUUAACUUUUGUUUUUAACUGGUUAAGAUUGAAACUUGAUGAAAGUCCUUUUCGUAACCUUAGCGCCGAGGGCUUUAAUGUUUAUUUACAUGGGGGGGGGGUACACAAAGCAAUAGCAAGGCAGUGUGGUUGAAUCACAUGAUGCAUUCCCCAUGAGAACAUCAGUUCAGUGCAUUUGAUCUGCAACAAAAGGCCUCGUGCACGUUUGGAUUGGCUACGAGGAAAUAGCUGUUUACUUUAGCAACGGCGGUACUUGAAUGGGUUUGCGUUGUCUUUAACAUAGAUUUACUCCUCUGUUAUAUAUUUGUCCUGUUUCAUUUUCCCAUCUUAUCACUUUAGCUCCUUUCGGUUGUGUCACCUCUGACAAGUUUUUCUCAGAAGUAUAUUUAGAGAGUUAGUGGGAUUUGUGGACCAGCUAAUUGUCCAAUAGCAUGAACUGCACACGGUAAGUCUGGGGAAGACUGUCUUUCCACUGACUAGUCAUGUACUUUUACCUGAAAAACAGAACUCUGUAAAGUACGACAUUAGAAAGUGAGGUCCGUGUCAUGUUAAGUUAUUUUGUUGUUUUAUGGUACCGUUGGUUUAUUACAUGUGUAAUUGCUGCUGCAAAGAAUGGCCUAAAAUUUUAUUUAAUUAUCUGCAUUGGCAGAUAGGUGUUGAUUUUUUAUUUUUUUGGAAAAUGUUUGAAUAAUUUGAUCAUUGUUUUUAACUCUGUUUUGGGUUAGAUUUUAUUCACAGUCCGUGUAAAGGAUUAUAUGAUGUAGACCUUAUAUAGUUUGAAGGUGGUUUGAUUUAAUAGUUCUGUUAAAAAAAACACAGGACAGUGGAGAAUUGUCUCACAAGAAGAAAGGUAGCAGUGUUUGCUUUAUAAAAAGAUUUAAUUAUCAUUACUACUAUUAUUGUUAUUACAGAAUAUGACUGUAUAGAGUGGAGAAAAAAAAUAAAGGCUGUAUUAUUUCUUUGUGAUAA